ACACUGCUAAGUCCCGCCUUUCACCACCCCCCUGAAGGAAGAGAGCGAGUUUCACGCUUUCCUCUGUCGUAUUCGAUUCUCGGGGACCCAUUUAAACUUCAGCUAAUGGUUUUUUUCCCCCCACCCAAAGUCUAUUCUUUGGUUUUAACACUUGAAACUCCGCACAGUAAAUUCAGGACUGCAAUUUUACCCUCGCCUUUCUUUCUCCUUAACCGAAAGUCUUAAAGCCAUGUUGCUGCCAUCGUCUCUGCUGCUCAUUCUCAGCUUCCUCACCUGGAGUCCCAGUGCAACACGGGCCGCUAAAAUCAUCGUGGUCCCACCCAUUAUGUUUGAAUCGCACCUCUAUAUCUUCAAAACGCUGGCGACGGCACUACACCAAGAGGACCACGAGACACAUUUUCUAGUUUCAGAGGGCCGUGAGGUCCCGCCCUCUCCUCACUACCAUUUGCAGCGCUAUCCAGGGAUCUUUAACAGCACAACAGCUGACAACUUCCUCCAGUCCAAAGUCAGCAACAUCUUCUCAGGCCGCUUGACAUUUCUCGAACUGUUUGACAUUCUUGACCACUACUCUCAGAACUGCGAUGCUGUUGUCGGCAAUGGUGAAGUAAUGAACCGCCUGAAGGAGGCCAAGUUCGACCUGCUGCUGGUGGACCCCAAUGAAAUGUGCGGUUUCGUCAUUGCUCAUAUCUUGGGCGUGCAAUAUGCUGUUUUCAGCACAGGCUUGUGGUACCCUGCAGAAGUCGGAGCGCCGGCGCCGUUGUCAUACGUGCCAGAAUUCAACUCACUGCUGACAGACCGCAUGUCCUUAAUGCAGAGAAUUGCCAACAUGGGCGUCUACCUGGCACAGCGGUUUGGAGUCCAUUACAUUGUGUUACCAAAAUAUGACCGGAUUAUGAAGAAGCAUGGAGUAAAGCCUUACGCGGCCAUGGCCGACUUGGUGCAGGGGAGCAGGCUGUGGAUGCUGUGCACUGAUAUGGCUCUGGAGUUCCCAAGACCCACCCUCCCUCAUGUCGUCUACAUUGGAGGCAUCCUCACAAAACCCCCCAGCCCUCUACCACAGUAUUUUCAGGCCCUGGUGAACGACACAGCAGAGCAUGGCUUUGUGGUGGUGUCGUUUGGCGCUGGAGUCAAGUACCUCUCCCAGGACAUUGCUCACAAACUGGCAGGAGCUCUGGCCCGUCUGCCACAGCGUGUCAUCUGGAGAUUCUCUGGAGUAGCACCCAGUAACCUUGGCAACAAUACCAAGCUUGUUGAUUGGAUGCCACAGAAUGACCUAUUGGGCCAUCGACACACUAAGGCCUUUCUGAGCCACGGGGGCUUAAACAGCAUCUAUGAGGCCAUGUAUCACGGGGUGCCGGUGGUGGGUGUGCCUCUCUUCGGAGACCACUAUGACACCAUGACUCGCGUGGCAGCCAAAGGGAUGGGAGUCAUGCUGCACUGGAAAGACAUGACAGAAGAAGAUCUCUACGCUUCCCUCAGCAGUGUCAUCAACGACCCCAGGUACCGUGAGCAGGCUCGUGUCCUCUCCAACAUUCACAAAGAUCAGCCAGGCCACCCAGUCACCAGGGCUGUGUACUGGAUCGGCUACAUCCUCCGUCACAGUGGCGCUAACCACCUGCGCUCGGCUGUGUAUGAAGUGUCCCCCUACCAGUACUUCCUUGUGGACGUCGUUCUUGCUGUUGCAGCUGCCGGCGCUCUCAUAUUGUUUUUACUGCGUAGGUUGGUACGUCUCCUCAGGGGCAAGGCCGGCGACCACAGCAGAAGAGUCGACGGCAGCAUGACCAAUGGACACUGUCACUCUGAGAGCAUUGCCAACGGGAAGCACAAACGCAACGGUUCCUUGAAAACCGAGAAGAAGAUAAAUUAGUGUUUCUGAAUGGCGACUUGAGGAAGAAGUUGCCCUAAGGACUCAGUUCUAGGUUUGGUUCAUUGCUUUGACAAAAAGCGUGGAGCAAAAGCUGUUCUUAGGUCUGUGUCAACGAGGCAACUGCUACUCAGAGCAAGCACAAGGCUGUAGGAGGAUACACUGCGUUGUGUGGGGACAGCGAGGCAUCGGGUGCUCCAAGUCUGUUGUGUGUAUGUGUGUGUUUAGAUGAAUGUUUGUGCUAUGAGGCAGAAUUAACAGAAAAAAAAAAACAAAAAAAAACAAAACUAUAACCGCAGCUACAGCGAGACACCGCAAGUUGUUUUUUACGGAUGAAAUAAAGGAAGGACACAUCUAUACGAGCAUCUCAUCUACUCCAUGUUCCCUGCUGGCUUCCUCAGCAGAGGGAGGACCACCAAGUCUUCAUCCUAGGAAUAAAAGCAACAAAUCAAACAGCUUUGGAUUGAUCCUGUGUUUUAAAGUGUCUGGUGAUAACUGUAAAUAGAAGAAAAAUCUAUUUAUUGCUGCUCGAAUGCAUUUUAAUGAUGGACCUUUUUAACCUUGUCUUUAUUGUUAAUUUAUUUCAUCUGUCUGUCAGAGAUGUGAGAGCAUGACUGUGGACGUACACUCCUUAUUCCGAGAUCACAUCUCUCUUUGUAUUAGUGAAACAAGCAACUUUGACAGCAGCGAUCGAGGAUGAGUCAGAGCAUUACUCAUUUACGAUUGUUGCUACCGUAGUCCCGUUUCUUCAACCUGCUCCCGUAAUCUAUUUAUUGCAGUAAAAAUUUCUUGCCCUGUUGCCAUUUUCAGAUCUGCUCUUGACUUUGUACAUCAUUUCUCCAUUUAGUUGUUACUUAAAUUCUGUGCACUAAUUUCAACUCAUCACGAUUGCUAGCCUUAAAUUACUUUUCCCACAGUUUUACUUUGAUAAGCCUGGAAGACAUUGCCGUUGCCAUCCAUGUGCAAACCAGCAGACUUUAUAGAGCUUAUUAUAAUUUCAACACUUGAAUGAAGUGCCUUCUCAAGGCUUUAUGUAAAAUCUACAGGGCUCUCCACAUUAUUGGCACCUCUACUAGAUAUCUUUAAGCAGCUGUUGAACAAAUUAGUCUUGCACUUUACCAUAAUGAUUUCACAAUAUGUGUUUUAGCCAUUCUUCAAAAUGUUUGUAUGAUUAUUUAGUAAUCAUUGACCUGUUUCCCUUUAGAGUGUGUGUAUGAAGUCACAGAGGCCUAUUUCAAUACCUGAUGGUGUUUUUUUAUUUUUUUUAUUUUACAUUUAAUUUCUGUCUAAGAACUAUUCAUAGGUAAAGCAAAACUUUCUGUUUCCCUGGAGAAACAACAAUAUCACCAAGAUGCCAUUUUCUUUUAGCCACUAUUCCAAAUGGAAAAAAAGAACAUGUUAUUUGAGUAAGACCGAUGUGUUUUGAUCUAUAUGAGUAAGAACAUAAGUAGAAGAAAACUGCUACUCAUUCAAGCUUGAAAAUAUCAGCAGAGACAGUAUUAAAAGUUUUAUAAAAAACUUAAACUGUGGCAAACAAGGUCACUUAGGAGAAGAAAAAAAGCAUUAAGCAGCACAUAUGCAACUCAUCCCAAUCGAAGUUGACCAGUGUCUGUACACUUCACAAUAAUGAAAGACUUCAUACUUUCUAGGAGAAUGUAGACAUAAAGCAGGGACCCAUUUCUCUUGGCCAUUCUUCCAAAUGGGAAAGGGGGAAAAAAAGUGAUGACUUGAAACUAUUCCUAUGUCAGAAAACGGGCUUUAAUUGCACCACGUUUAACCCAAGCUUAUCUUCCCACCCUGCAGUGGCAAAGGUUGGUAAGAGAAGUGUUACCAAUAUUGGUCAGCAGUAAACUUUUCAUGUGUCUGACAGUAAAAGAUAAAUUAUUUUCCAACUUUAAAAAAACAAAAAAACUCUUUACCAGGGGGUGCCAAUAAUUGUUGAGUGCACUGUAUGUUUCCCUGACUUUUCUGAGUGUUUCAUCACACAUCGUUAAUCUUAUUAUGGGAAUGAGAUGGCUCUACGUUUAGCUCUAUGAGAUUCGAUGACAUUUUUGUUCUAUGAAAUUAGAACGUGUAAACAAUUGGGUGUUUUUAAGCUGUCUUCUGUUACUUUUUUUUCCCUUUAUCUUGUUUCUUGGCCUUCCUUAGGAACAGAUGGGUGAAACAAGAUCAAAAGAAGCCAUAGUGUAAAAAAAAAAAAAAAGAUUCUUUUAUAGUUUCUUGUAAUGUGACACGAGCUAAAAGUAUACAUAGAGCUGGGAAUAUUCGGGCAACAUCAACCUCUGCUCAUUGUAACACUUUGGCAUCGGGUACAUAUAGUGUAUGCUUUCUACUCAGACUCAUAUAAGCUUCAAUCACAGGUAAAAGCUAGGAUCAGUGAUCCCCCCCAUGCUUUUUGUAAAAUAUCCCUGAAACAAAUGACUUUCAUUUCAGUAGGAUAAUGUCACUGUGAACAUUUUCAGAGAAUCCAACCUUUGGAUUGAGAGCAUUUAUUCAGAUGGGGGCCAAGCGUGUGGGGACACUUAACUGAAUUAUAGCUCUAACAAUUUUUGGCACCCACCAAUAUUUCCUAUAUGAUUAAUUUCUACAUUUGAUUUACUUCCUUAAGAACCAUUUGUAGCCCCAAACUUCCUGUUUUUCUCCAACAAACAAAUCUGACAGAGAAGCCAAUUUCUCUUCAAAGUCGGAAAAACAACGGAACCUAACGCUACACUAAUCCAGAUAAAUAAAAAAAAAUGAUUAGAAGAUAACCAAUCAGCUAAAUUCCUAUAAAACCCCAAUCAGAGCAAUAAUUAGAGUUUUUUUUUAAAAAAAGACAGAUGGAUUGACUUUUAUGCAGAGUGAAAAAGACAAAAAGGGAAAUAAAAAUAAAAAUUCUCCGACAUCGACAGUUGUAAAAUUGCAGCAAAUGUUCAUAAGUUGUUCUUACACUAAUUUACCUGGGGUGGCAAUAGAUUUUUGUUAAGGUGCUGUAAGUAUUGAACUAAAGAAAAUUUUCAUUUGAACAACAUAAAAUAACCAACUUAAAGGGGGGGGGGGGAAACUUGAUCUCUCUCUCUCUCUCUGUCUCUCUCUUUCUCUGUGAGCUACAUUUACACUUGCACCACACACACAAACCAAGCCCUGCUGAAAAACAACAGACUCUUAUACUUGAAUCAACUUUCUCAAUAAUCAUCUGUCAUGAUGUCAGCAGUUGGGCUCUGGUAGUAGGUGGCGUUGCAGGUGCUACAACAGGCUAUGAACAGGGUCUGAAGUUUAGAACAUGUUUGAUAUUCCUUCCUUGUCAUGUUUUCAGUAUUAAUGUUGUAGCCCCGACCUGUUAAAGAAGGCGUUGACAUUUUUUUCUUUUAAUGUCUAGAUUCACAUCACUAGUCCUGUGAAGUUUGUAUGUCAUCAGCGUGAAUACUGCCUCCAUUGGUGCACAUACUUUGCUCUCUUCUUGGACCUCGGAUGUAAAAGUUCUCCUUUUGUCUCUCACGCCGUUUAGAUUUUGUUUUACCCUCUUUACGGAAUUAUAUCUUUUCUCUCUUUUGCCCCCUCCACUCCCCCUUCCAUGCAUGUCUUAUGUUGUAAAUAGAAUGUAAACAAAAUACUAACGCUGAAUAAAAGUCAAAUAUUUUGUUUGCAGA